GGAACCGACACCAACGGCGCAUGUGACUGCGAGUGAGAUCUUCCGUAGCGAUCACGAAUCGCCCGUAUACACACGAUUUUGGACUUAGUCUGCGUCCCCGCCAGGCUUAUAUUCGCAUCAAUAUACGGCCAUAGUCGACCUCACAUUUUGCGCGGUAGACAGUGGAUCUCAAGAUGGAGAACCAGGGCUCUUACCCGGAGUCUCCUAUGGAGCAGGACGAGUCCUACCCUUGCAAAGGCUGUGGAGAGACUCUUGAAGAAGGGAAAGCGUUUGAGCUCGCUGGAAACCGAUGGCACAUCGACUGUUUCCGAUGCAGUACAUGCAGCACUCUGCUUGACUCGGACGCGCAUCUCCUCCUUUUGGGCGAUGGAUCACUUAUAUGCAGUAACUGCACAUACAGUUGUAGCUCCUGCAACAACAAGAUCGAGGAUUUGGCCAUCUUGACGGGAGACCAGGCUUUUUGCGCUCAAUGCUUCCGAUGCCGGAACUGCAAGCGAAAGAUUGAGAACCUGCGCUAUGCGCGCACUUCGCAGGGUAUUUUCUGCAUGGAAUGUCACGAAUCGCUAAUGGCACGAAGAAGAAAACGAAAAGCCGGCGGCAGUAGUGGGAAAAAACCAGCGGGUCCUAAUGUGAAGCUGGACAAAUCCUUGCCCUCGUUGCCUCCUCACCUCCUUGAAGAAGCGCAAUUAAUGGAGGAGGAGGCCAGCGAAUAUACAGGCACGCCUGACCUCAGUAGAAUGGCAGAAACGCCCGAUCUAAAUGAUGAAAGACCGGGAAGCUCAAUUUCCAAUCAGCAGGCUGAUUCAGAUAAUAUUAUGCUUCCCUCCAGCACAUACCGCAGCAGUCGUCAAUCAAUUCUACGCAACACUGACGCAGAUGGUGGUGAAUUAUUGAUUCCUCUUGCCUUUGAUCCUUCGGCUGAGGGUAAUUCUUCCCGUGGUCACUCACAGACACGGCAGGAGCCUACCCGCGACUACUUCAAUCAAGGUCAAUCCGGUGAAUCCUCACACAGGGCCUCACGCGACGGCCGUGAAUAUCUACAAGAACCAACUUCUCGAACAUCUUCAGAAAAUCAUUCGCCCCAUAUUGCCUAUCAGGAGAAGGGUUGGGAACGAAACGACGCCAAUUCACCCGAUAAAGCACCAUUACCGACCUCGGAUUCGUCCAAGAUUGCAAAGGCAGGCUCUACUCGCAACUCAUCCGAUAUACCAAUCAGCUUCAGAGAAACGAGCAACCUUUCUGGGCCUACCAGCCCUGAUAGCAGCAGAUCGAAGGAAUUUUCCAAUGACACAAAACGACACAUUCCUAUGGAUAACGUUACUUCGGCUACAGCUCGUUCCUCGAAUGAGCUUCGUCGUCCUCACGACCACGGCUCAACGGAAUCACCGCGCUCUCAACCCACCGGCUUGCCCUAUUUGCCAAAACGUGGCGAUUCACUUGAAAGCAAGCUUCACCAAAUUCCAAGGAAAGAGCUUGGAUCAUCGCCUGCAUCAUCUCAAUACGGGGACUCUCCCAUGCUCCGUAGUGACACUUUCGAACAACCCAUUCAACCUACUGCCUUGGACACAUCACCACUUGAAUCACACCAAUACGAUGGCGCCGGCGCAUCGACCUUACUACGGUACAAUAGCGGAGGUGACUUCUCUAUGGACGAGGAAUUAUCGCGCAUCAUCGGUGGCGAUGACACUGUCGCGCAAAAUAACGAGUCAUUCCUGCGGCGCGUCUCAAACUCUGUCCGCCACGGUCGAAGCUUUAGCGAGAAGAGUGUCCGGCUGAGCAAAGAUCUCAAGAACCCUCGAUCACCGAGCACUCGAAGCAUAGCCGGAACGGAUGUUGGCAGUCCCAUGGCCGGAUCACAGAGUGAAGAGAUCGCUUGGCUUCGCAACGAGCUGCGCAAAGAACGUCUAAGAGUUGGAGAACUGGAAUCAGCCGCUCGCACCGCAGCAGACGUCAAGCAGGUUAACACCGAGCUUUCUGAGAAACGAUCUACCAUGGUCGUCCUGGACGCCCAGCGUGAGAUCGUUCUACGUGAGCUCACGGUUCUCACUGAUCAUAUGGAGGCUGAAAAACGCGGUGGUCCCAGUGGACCGUUGGAUCUUGGCAAACUCUCGAACCAUGUGUUGCGCGAGCUGGCAGAGUCCAUUCAAAAACUGAAAGACUCGUAUGCCCCGCAAAUUGAAGACCUUAUGCAAAAGCGCAUUAACCUGUCGGAGGAACUGGAAGCCAUGAACACUCGAAAGGAGAGGAGCUUCCAGGAAUUCGAGCAAUUGUCUAUGAAGAACGCACAGCUAGCUGAGUUGAACAAUCAGUUGGUUCACCAGAUCCAAGAACUCUACAAAGCCACAGAAGGUCAACCGCGAUCUAACGGUCUAGGCAUCUCGCACAACAAGCAAAGGUCCACAAACUCCAUUGAAGUGAUGAAACCUUCCUUCAACGACUACCAGGGAUCUGUGUCGACUGCUCUCAUUUCGGAGGAGUCCGAGCCUGCUACAGCUACUGUUGUGCCAGGCCCCCAGGUUGUCAGCAUUCGCAAGGGCCAGCCUCGCAAGUUUAACUGGAAAAAGGGUGGACAGAACGUCGCCAAAGGUGUCAAGGGUCUCAAGGGAGCCUUCAUGUCUAGUGAAGGAGGACAGGCACAGGAGGGUGGUGGUGGUAUGCCGCGUUCCCAGACUCAAGACCCGAGUCGUCAAGGCUUUGGGUUCUUUGGAAACCAGAGAGGCAAGCAGGGAGGAAAGAUGUCGCAAGCUGACAGCGUGCCUGUGUUGGCUGAAGUUGCUGCUGAUGCUCUUUUCGGCACCGAACUUGAGGCUCGCAUGGAACACGAAAAGAGCAUCAUUCCAGCCAUCGUCACGCGGUGUAUCCAGGAAGUUGAAUUGCGAGGCAUGGACAUGGAAGGCAUUUACCGCAAGUCCGGUGCCGCUUCAGUCAUCCAAACUAUUCGUGAAGGCUUUGAACGCUCUCCAUUUGAUUACGAUAUCUCCGACCCUGACCUCGAUAUUCAUGCUGUCACAUCUACUUUGAAGCAGUAUUUCCGAAAGCUUCCUAACCCACUGAUCACUUACGAAGUUUACGAACUUGUGAUCGAUUCUGCCGAGGUUAGCCCUAUGUCUGCGCGAAUUGAACUCCUGCAGAAGAGUCUACUCGAACUGCCUCGCGUGCACCGCGACGUCCUGGAGUUCCUCAUCUUCCAUCUCAGACGCGUGGUCGAGCGCCACGAAGAGAAUUUGAUGACCAGUCAGAAUGUUGCAGUGGUCUUUGCGCCGACAAUCAUGCGACCUGAAAGUCUUGCCCGUGAGAUGACUGACGUCCAGAAGAAGAAUGAUGUCCUCAAGUUCCUAGUGGAGAACUGCCAGGAAGUUUUCAUGGGCAUGCAGGGGUAGGGUCGAAGUACUCCUCUUCUCAACCUCUCACAUUCACUUCAUCUCUCACUCUCGCAUCAUCAUGCCUCGAUUGUCCCAGUUCUUGGACUUGAUAUUGAAACAUGCAUUAUUCUUCAUCAAUCCUACCUGCUCUAUUUCAAAACUUUGUCCCCUCCCUCUAUUUAUUUUUUGUACAGGUACUCCUACUUCCCCUCCGCUCCGCUCCUACUUCUCUACUCGGUUCACGUUCAGCGCUGCACGCUCGAUACAGAUACCCUGUCUUGCCUUUUUCUCUCUUUCUUCAUGCCCAACUUUUUCCUACAUAUUCUGCAGAUUCGAAGCUAGUGAUUUCCCCAACCCUGGCUGUCGUCGAAUCUAGCCUCACUGGCUGUUCCGGUGACCAAAAUUCCUUAUGGGUGGUUCACUUGCUGUCCUUUGAGGCACGUCGGUGUUUUGUUUGUUUCCGACUCUGAGCGAGCAUUGAAUCUUCUUCUAGCGUUAUGCAUCUCUAUACAGCACUUCAAGUGAAAUGCGGUAGUAGCUGCCAUGGUAUUCAUAUACGUUAGUUAGGCUCUUAGUAUGAUAUCAUGAAUAUUUG